CCUCGAUAAGCGAAUUAGCGCCAUGGAUGGUGUAAUUGCAGAGUGGGAGAAGUUUGAAAAUUCUAAGAAAUAUGAAGAAGCAUACUCUGUAGUAUCCAAUGCAAUAAUUGAUAACAAGGAUCCCGAACUGUACUGGAGGAAGGCUCGUAGCUGCAGAAAUCUAGCUAACUCACUGGGUAAAAACGAUAAACAAGUGUAUAAAAAGUACAUCGAAGAAGGUCUUUCAGCUUGUGACGAAGGGCUCCGAAUAGAUUCAGAAAAUUCUAAGUGCAACUCCUGGUACGCAAUAUUUCUAAACUUAUCAUCAGAAAUUGAGGGAAUAAAUAAGCGGAUAGAAAAUUCUUUUAAGAUGAAGGACCAUUGGAUGAAAGCCAUAAAAGCAAAUCCUGACGACGUUGUUACAUUGCACGCUCUUGGGAGAUGGUGUUUCGAGGUUACAGAUCUACCAUGGAUAAAGCGAAAGCUUGCCGCUACCUUUUUCGGUGAACCACCUACGUCUACCUACGAAGAAGCUCUUAACUAUCUCCUUGAUUCAGAAAAAAAGUCUCCUGGAACUAUCGUAAAAAAUUCUCUUUAUAUAGCAAAGACGUACCACAGGUUAAAGAAUUAUGAUCUGGCUAAGCAUUAUUGUCAUAAAGUGUUAGAAUUUACGGAAGAUGACUUGGAUACUGAAGAGGCAAAGAAGGAGGCGUCUGAGCUGUUAAAGAAACUGUAAAGUGUUUUCUUAUCCCUUCAAUUAAUUGACAAGAUAUCGUAAUAGCUUAUAUUUUUCUUGACAUCGAGUUUUUAAAUCAAUUUUUAGUAUCAUCUGUAAUGUAUGUUGGUGUUUUUGGCAAUAUUAUGGUAACACUUUCAUUCAUCCUCCCUGAAAUUUGUUAGCUGUUUUGUUGGUUGAAUUGAUUUGUAUUGUUGGUUUAAAUCUUCCCAAUGAUGUUUAAGACUUAAACUAAUGUAGGUAACUCCAACUGACGAGUCCCGAAUAGAAUAAAGCGCGCUCCCUG